AUGGUUUCGGCAAACAUCACCCGGUUGCUGGCCACCUACAUCAAUGCCUUGCACAUCCUUCAUUACCACAAAGUCUUGGACGGCUACGGCCAUCUAUCGGUCCGGAACCCUUAUAAUCCACAAACCUUCUUCAUGAUGCGCCAGAUAGCGCCAGCCUUAGUUUCUGGGCCUGAAGACAUUGGCGAGUAUCGUAUUAUGGACGCCGAACCGGUUAACCCUGGUGCUCCAGCGGCGCCGUCCGAGCGCUACAUUCACAGCGAGGUUCUCAAACGAUACCCCGACAUCAAUGUUGCGUUGCAUGGGCACCCAGAGGAGCUCAUCGCGUACAGCAUCAGCAACGUCCCCUUGCGACCCGUGAUUCAUAUGGCCCCGGUCCUUGGCAAAGAAGUGCCCGUAUUCAACAUCACAGAACAUUAUCUUCCGAACGACACACGGGACUUUCUGGUGCGCGAUCAGCGCCUCGGUUCUGCGCUGGCAGCGCUAUUCGACUCGCCCACGCCAUGCGGCAUCGGGAGCAGCGAUUACGGAGUCUGCCGCAACGACCGCAACGAUGUCGGAAACGACCAUUCCGCCUGUUCCAAUGACGGCGCGGACUAUCCUUCGCACAACAUCGUACUGAUGCAAUCCCACGGAUUUACUGCCGUGGCAACCGACAUCAGGAUAGCCACAUACGAGGGGAUCUACGCCGUGGUCAACGCCAGAGUCCAGGCAGAAGCGCUCAAGAUCCAGCACGCCUAUCACGCCAACCAGCCCCACGAUGGCAAUGACUGGGUUGUGUACCUGAAUGAACGGCAGAUUAGAGAUAGCUGGGCAACCGAGAUCAACAUUCUCGAGAAGCCCUGGGAAAUGUGGGUGAGGGAGGUCAAGGUUAACCCUCUGUAUGUUAAUGAGUUAGAUUCUUGA